UAGACAUAAGUAUCGUUUGACAGUUAGUCAUUAAAUGGUCAUCUUCAAUACCACACCUAGUCUUUUAUUUAACACUGGCGACGGGCUGGAAAAAUACAGUUUUUUCUUGAAGAUCGCGCGUGUACAUCAUGUCGAAGGUAUCGACUAUCGGCAAGUUAAGUGAAUUUGAUUUAACCAACGGGAAUUGGCGAGUAUAUGUGGACAGAGUGGAAAUGUUUUACAAGGUCAACUCGGUCACGGACGACAUGAAGCUACCGAUAUUAAUCUCGGCCAUCGGUGAUGCAGCAUAUGAGCUAAUGGUAACCCUAUGUAGCCCUAAAAAGCCAUCAGAAUUAACAUACGCUGAGGUUGUGAAAACAAUGGAAAAUCAUCUCCAACCGCCACCGUCUGUAUUGGCGGAACGUUUUCGCUUUCGUCAAUGUCGUCAGGUCAAAGGUCAGUCUAUAAAGGAUUAUGUAGCAGAAUUAAAGAAGUUAUCUCGCUAUUGUGAUUUUUCAACAACACUUAAUGAUAAUUUGCGCGAUCAAUUUGCAUGUGGAAUAAAUAAUGAUUUAUUUCGGCAAAGAUUAUUUACCGAAUCAGAGUUAGAUUUCGAAAAGGCUGUAUCUAUCGCAUCGAACCUGGAGGCGGCGGAAAGAGAUGCACUAGCGGUGGAGCCUAGCGGGGGCGCGGGGACGUCGGCGGAGGGGGUGCAUCAUGCGGGUACGAGCACAGCCAGGCCGAACACAUCGCAAUUUGCGGGCGCCUCACGACAACAUGCAAACAUGGCGGCAGUGCAUUUUAAAAACGGGUGCACGGCGUGCGGGGACCGUUAUCAUAACUUUAGUGAAUGCAGAUUCCAGAGUUUCGUGUGCAGUAGGUGUGGAAAGAUGGGUCAUUUAAGACGCGUUUGUCCGAAUCCGAUGGAGGAUAUCGGCGGAGCGGCGGCAGGAAGGCGGCGAGACGCCGGCGCCUCCACUGGCCGGGGGGCGCGGUCGCGGUGGCCGCGCGGGCGCAGCGGAGGCCCACGCCGCAGUACUAAUGCAUAUUGGCUACAAAACAACGAAUAUCAACCCAUGGAGGAGCAAGAGUUUCCUGAGGACGAGUGUAUUAAUCAGAUGUCCUUAGCAGAUUACAAACCGGCAUAAAGAGUUAUUUGAUGGCGGGCUAGGACGGUUCACGGGCGGCACGGCGACGUUGCGCGUGCGGCCCGGCGCCGCCGCCGUGUUCCACCGCGCGCGCCCGCUGCCCUACGCGCUGCGCGAGCGCGUGGACGCGGAACUCGACUCCAUGUUAAGCGCCGGCGUCAUCGAGCCUGUGGACGCCUCCGACUGGGCCACGCCACUUGUUCCCAUACGUAAGCCGGAUGGCAGCUUACGCCUUUGUGCCGAUUACAAGGUAACAUUGAACAAAGUUUUAUUGGUCGACAAAUAUCCCGUUCCGAGAUUAGAAGAUGUGUUUAGUAGUCUUAGCGGUAGUACUUAUUUUACCAAACUGGACCUGUCUCAAGCUUAUUCGCAAGUAGUACUAGACGAUGAAUCAAAAAAAUAUACUGUCAUUAACACGCACCGAGGUUUAUUUUCCUACAAUAGAUUGGUUUUUGGCUUGGCAUCGAGCCCUGGUAUUUUUCAAAGGUUAAUGAGUACGCUGUUGCAGGGCAUUGAUAACGUUGUUGUGUUUUACGACGAUAUAUUAAUUACGGGAAGUAAUUUAAAACAACAUUUAAUAACGGUAAAUACAGUAUUAGAUAGAUUGCAGGCGCAUGGCUUAAAAUUAAAAAAGGAAAAAUGCGUAUUUUUACAGGAUAAAGUUAGGUAUUUAGGGUACGUUAUUGACAAAAGUGGGUUAAGUGUGGAUAAAUCUAAAAUAAAGCCGAUCUUAGAAAUGCCAUACCCCAGUAAUGUUAGUCAACUUAGAUCUUUUUUAGGCAUGGUGAAUUUUUACGCUAAAUUUGUAAAGGAUCUUAGUAACUAUUUGGCGCCACUUCACGCGUUGUUACAAAAAUAUACUAGAUGGCAGUGGGGAGAAAAACAGAUAGACGCUUUUAACAGGGUAAAGAGUAUGUUGUCAAGCGCCGAGGUGCUCGCGCACUACGACCCCGGCUUGGACGUGGUGGUCACGAGCGACGCUAGCCCCUUCGCAGUAGGGGCUAUUUUGGCUCACCGUUACGCGGACGGCUCCGAGCGCCCUCUGGCGUACGCGUCGCGCGCGCUCACCGCGGCCGAGCGCAAUUAUAGCCAAAUUCAUAAAGAGGCGUUAUCAAUAUACUUUGCAGUGAAACGCUUUCAUCAAUACUUGUAUGGUAGGCGGUUUUCGUUGCGCACGGAUCAUAAGCCCUUGGUUAGUAUUUUUGGACCGAAUGUAGGUGUACCGAGUAUGACAGCCAGUAGGUUACAGAGAUGGGCUUUAUGUUUAUCGGCAUAUGAUUUCGACAUAGAAUAUGUGAAAUCAGAACAAAACGUGGCUGACGUUUUAUCAAGGCUUAUUAAAGCGCAUAAACUAAGUGAAGUAGAGAAUGAGAAAAGAGAGCCCGAACAAACUUACCUUCACUUUGCGUCCGACGCCCUGUUAUUAGAUUACAAAGUGCUAAAGAAUGAAACAAAAAAAGAUCCGUUACUGUCUCGGGUAACUAGUUUUAUUUUAGAUGGGUGGCCAGAUGCCGUAGAUAUUGAACAAUUGAAACCGUAUUUCAACCGUAGAAAUGAACUUUAUUUAGAACUUGGAGUCAUUAUGUGGGGUCACAGGGUGGUAAUACCGGUGGGCUGCCAGGACAAGGUUAUUAGGGAACUUCAUGAAACACAUAUGGGGGUUGUAAAGACCAAAUCUUUAGCGAGAAGUUAUGCCUGGUUCCCGGGCAUCGAUGAAGCGAUCGAGCGGACGUGCACGGCGUGCGGCGUGUGCGCGGCGACGGCCAGCGCGCCGCCGGCACAGGCCCCGCGCGCCUGGCCGUGGCCGGAGCGCCCGUGGACCAGGUUGCACAUUGACUUUUUGGGGCCCCUCGCAGGUAUUAUGUACCUGGUAAUAGUAGAUGCGUGCUCUAAAUGGAUUGAAGUCAUCAAAAUGGCGAGUACCACUGCGGCCGCGGUCAUCUCUAAGUUGCGAGAAAUUUGGGCUAGAUUUGGUAUACCCAAACAAGUAGUAUCGGACAAUGGACCUCCCUUUACUAGCCAGGAAUUCGGGUUUUUCAUGAAAAAUAAUGGUGUAGAGCAUAUAUUUACAGCCCCCUAUCAUCCUUCGUCGAAUGGGGCCGCAGAGGGCGCUGUAAAGAUAUGUAAACACGUUUUGCUUAAAGCACAAAAACAGCAACUAGAUGCAGAAGUAGCUCUGAGUAGAUUCCUUUUAAUUUAUAGAAAUACAGUACAUAGUACGACGGGAGACAGUCCUGCCAACAUUUUACAAGGUAGAGGUUUACGCACGCGGCUGGAUUGUUUAAAACCAGAAAGAGGGGCGCACGCGCGCGAGGCGCAGGCGCGGCAACAGCGCGCCGCCGGCGGUGCCCACCGUAGCUUCCUCGCAGGGGAUACGAUUUGGUACAGAAAUUACAGUUCUAGGAAUGCGGACAAGUGGCUCGAAGGUACUAUUAAAGAAAGUUUAGGUAGCUCCGAUUAUGCAUUAGAAACUAGUAAAGGGGAAAUUGUACAUCGGCAUGUCGACCAAAUAAAGCGGCGUUCACGUAAUAGUUUGUGGCUUUUCCCGGGUGGCGAGGCCCAGUCUGGAGCCACGGGCUCGAGCAGUCCGGGGAGCGCGGGGCCCGAGCGCCGCCGCCUGACCCGCCUGCGAGGUAUCAGCCUCCUAGGGUUCGAAAUCCACCAAUACGAUAUGGAUUUGAAGAAGUGUUUUUUUUUAACUAGAGCAAUUUCAUUUUUCUUUCUCGUAAUUAAAAUUAAGUUUAGAGUGUUAUCCAUUUCAAGUGAAAAAUAUACCACUGGGGUCAAAAUUCUUUAGCUAUAUAGGUAUUAUAUAAUGUUGUAUGGAGACUAACAUAAUCUAAAGAUACCUAAGUGUCUAUAUCAACAGCAUAACUAGGUAUACU